AGCUUGUCACCUUAAAUUAAACAUCACUAGAACUUGGUAUUUUGUGGCUUUUAACUAAGUGUGAGAGAGGUGAACGUUUAUUUGAAAUACACUACUUUUUUUUCUGUUUUUUUUGAAAUUUAACGGCUCCUCACUUUCAAAAAGACGUGUUAAGUAGGAUAGUCUAUAUUCUCGAUAUACAACAGAAUCUCAUCUGUAAUUUGAUCCAUUUUAAGAAUGUGUUCUGGCCUGCAUUACCUCGCUGAAAUCGAAAAUUGAUAAGAAUGGAAUGAUAAUGGGUAUUUACAUAUCUACAAUAACCGCAGUUAUCGAGUGCACGUUCAUACCUUGAACACAGUAUCUAUGGGUAUACUAGCAUGCGGCUAUUUGUGACUUGAACAUUGAAAAGUGCCACCCAAAAAUGUCAACCACUAACAUCAACGAUAGAAUAUUGAGGCAAUCUAAAUUGCCAGCGGCAAGGAACCUUUUCAAUAUCGAUGUGCCACCAAGGAGCUACGACAGAUUUAUACCCUGCAGGGCAAACAACAACUGGGAGGUCAGUUUUGCUACCAUACCAGAUGCAAACAAAAAUAAUCAGACAGGCAAGAAAGCUCGAGAAACUGGAGAGAAUACUAGAGAUAGCUCAGUGUACAACAUUCUAUUGAGAAAUGAACUUUUAGGCGAAAAUAUAGAAGAUAUUAAAUUUCAGUGUGAUGAAAAACAAGCCUUAACCCCUGUUAGUAAUAGGAAUUUGUUCAAAUAUGGUACUCCAAAGGAACCUCGUACACCAAUAAGAUCUCCUCACCAUGGUCACCAUUUGCCAUCUAGUCCUUACUCACUUUCUCCACUAAGUACUAGCAGCCAAUGCCUUUUGAGGUCGCCUCAUAAGGCUACUCGAAAAAUAUCCCGCAUACCAUUCAAGGUAUUGGAUGCCCCAGAACUGCAGGACGAUUUCUAUCUAAACCUAGUCGAUUGGAGUGUACAGAAUGUCCUGAGCGUAGGUCUUGGUAGUUGUGUAUAUUUAUGGUCAGCUUGCACUAGUCAGGUCACAAGGUUAUGUGAUCUAUCGAGCGACGGCAACGUGGUGACGUCGGUGUCAUGGAGUGAGCGUGGUCAUCUGGUAGCAGUAGGGACACACAACGGUUACGUCACAGUAUGGGACGUGGCGGUGAACAAACAGGUGAACAAGCUGAUGGGACACACUGCUCGAGUAGGAGCGUUGGCUUGGAACGGAGAUGUGUUAAGUUCAGGGAGUAGGGAUCGUCUCAUAUUGCAGAGGGAUACAAGAACACCGCCCAACGUAACCGAACGCCGUCUGGUAGGACAUCGCCAAGAAGUGUGCGGCCUGAAGUGGUCCCCUGACAACCAGUACCUCGCAUCGGGAGGCAACGAUAACAGACUGUACGUGUGGAACGCGCAGUCUCCAUCGCCCGUCCAGACGUACACUGACCACCUCGCAGCCGUGAAGGCCAUCGCGUGGUCGCCCCAUCACCACGGCUUGCUGGCCAGUGGAGGAGGGACUGCGGAUAGGUGCAUCAGAUUCUGGAAUACGUUGACAGGGCAGCCGAUGCAGUGUGUUGAUACUGGUUCCCAAGUAUGCAACCUGGCCUGGUCAAAGCACAGUUCUGAACUAGUCUCAACUCACGGCUACAGCCAGAACCAGAUCCUCGUAUGGAAGUAUCCGAGCCUAACACAAGUCGCCAAGCUAACAGGCCAUUCUUACAGAGUGUUAUAUUUGGCCUUAUCGCCAGAUGGAGAAGCCAUCGUUACGGGAGCUGGAGAUGAGACGCUUCGCUUUUGGAAUGUGUUCAGUAAGGCGAGGUCCCAAAAGGAGACUCGCUCCGUCCUCAGUUUGUACACUGGGAUACGGUAAUGGGUCAUUUUUAGGGGGACUGAAUCGACGUGUAAAAGGGGUUUAAAAAAUUGCAACAAAUGAACAAACUUUUGUUGUUGCCGUGUUUAGUAUAUAUCAAAAUUUUAAAGUAGUUAUAAACAUGGGUACAUGUUUAAUAGUAAAUUUAAGUUGAUGAAAGCAUUUUAUGAUACUGCACACGCAUAAAGUGAUGAGAGCUCCAGUUAUAGGUACUUUUUCAAAAAUAGAAGAGUCCCUCCAUGCUCAUUUCUACACUCUAAUACAAUAAUGCCAUUUUUCGAGGGUGCCGUAACUGAACAAAAUUUCAAAUCAGUUGUCAACAUGUAAUUAAUGAAUAAACAUAAAAAAGUACGGAGGAAUCAAUUAAUAUUAUCAUUUAGAACCUUUUUUCGAUGACUUAUUGAUCAUUGUGUUUUAAAAUAUUUUCUAUAUAUACUUUUGUAGAAUUUCAGUUGUUGAUGAUUGAUUCCCUAAUUUGAUUAUUAACUUGCUAACAGGGCAGGACCCUGGACUGUCGCGGCUUCAUACAAGUAGCGUGGAGGGUCCCAAAUUGAAUGUGUGAUCGUAUUUUGUGGAACAUAAAAUUUUUACCUAGCUGCGCCAGUGUCUUGUAUUCGUUUCAUGUGCAAUUGUCAAAGGACAUCAUUAUUAUAUUGGAUGCGAUCUCUUUGAACAUGUGUCGUAAAAAAUUAAAGAUGGAAUUCCAAAUUUUCUAUAUGAUAAUAAAUCGACCCUUUUUACUAUUUUAUGUGUGAAAAAAUGCAUGAAUUAUAUUCCUUGUUGAAGAUCUGUGUGGCGUUCUGCUGACUUAAGAAGUGUCAAACAAUCCUGCUCAAAAAUAACAUACACCUUGACGUUUGACAUUUAUCCAAUUUGAUUAUUCACAAAAUCUUUACUGAACAAAGUACCUCACUAUGGAUCACUCGUUAUGCGAAUUGUGGACUUUAGACAAACUUUCUAGAAACCUUAAAGAAUGUAAGCGGCAUCAUAAAAUUGCUAUGGAGUUUAUCACUCAAUAUACUUCGGAAAAUUUGGAACUCUAAUUUUGAAAACGCAAAGAUUUCUCCUCCUCAUCCAUAGUAAAAAUAUUUCGUUGGAUCCCACAAGAACUAUGUGUUCAUUGACUGUACUAAAAUUAAUGGAAAGAAGUUCACUUUCUUACUUUUAAUUAUAAAAGAUAUCUGGUGGAUUGCCAACAUGAAUGCAGCAUUUUAAAUAAUAUAAUCUUUUGUGUUUAGCACGAUCAAUCUAAACUCCUGGUUUUAUCGCAAAAGUAUUGGUCAGGCUGAAUAAUGUUUUUAUUGUGACUAGUAACUGAUAAAAAAUACAAUAUUAUGUAAAAUAUACAUAUUUGUACAUUAUGUAAUUCCCGUUUUUCCAAAUACUUGGAACUUAACAAUUUUGGCUAUAGCAGAGCACUUUUAAUUUUAUUCUAUAUUUUUGCUUUAUUGUGAAUAUUGAAUUAUUUUAUCCUACUUCCAUGAAGUAUCUAUUUAUUUUGAUUUUAUGAUUAUAUUUACUAUAUAAAUAUACAGGUAUAUGUAUACAAGUGCAAACAGUUUUUAUGGGAGAAUGUAUUGAAGAUUAUUUUGAUUUUAUGGAAUGUAAUUCUGCAGUAAAAUAAAUAUGUGAGGAAAUAUGUGCCUGCUUAUUGAAAUUAUAUGGCCAAUCAGUGCUCCAUGAUCUUACAAGUUGUGGGUGUGUUCAUGAUCGACGCGUUCGGCGUGCGAGUUAAAUAGUCACAAUGGAACGUUGGACCGGAGCGCAACGUGCUUUUGCUAUCGAGGCUCACUUUAAGAGUGGUGAUUCAUACGCAGCUGCCCUUCGGAAAUUUUGUAGACGAUACAAAAUCAAAAUUCGCCGACCAAGAGAUGGCCC